UUAAGGCCUAUGGUUUAUUUCAUUUGGGUUUCUCGUCUCUCUUGAUCAAAAUGGCAUUUCAGCAGAUACUAGCUUUUGGUCUUAUAAGUUGCUUUUUAGUUGGUGUUUUAGCUGACAAAAAUAAUUCGACUUCUUACCAUGUUGAACAACUACCUAAUUCACUCUCAAAAAUAGGUGAAGCUCCCCACUGGGAUAUUGCAACUCAGAGUUUGUACAUGGUUGACCUAACUGCUGGACAGCUGAAGCGAUUUGACUACAAUCUGAACAGGAUGUUCAAGUGUCAAAUUGAAAACGUGACAUCUGCUGCAUUUGUUAUUCCAAUCGAAGGUUGUCCCGAUAAGUUUGCUGUUGGAAUAUUACGUCAAGUAGCUAUCGUUAAAUGGAAUGGUAUUUCUGAAACAUGCAAAGUUGUAGGAAAUAUUGUUAAUGUUGAGCAAUCAGACUCAAAGUAUGACAAUAAUCGUUUUAACGAUGCUAAAUGCGAUCCCCGUGGUCGUCUUUUUGCUGGAACACAGCAUAGAACUGAAUUUGAAUUACGUACUGGACAUGUGUUCGAAAUUGUGAAGCCUAAUGCCACUGAAACUGUGCUGUCGAAUAUUGGAAUAGCAAACGGCAUGGCUUGGAAUGAGAAAGUUGCCGAGUUCUAUCAGAUUGAUUCUUUAGAUUUGAAUAUAAAAAAAUACGAUUAUGAUAUUAAUACAGGUGACAUUAAAAAUCCAAGAGUUAUUUAUCAAUUAAAUGGAACCGGAAUAGAUGUUAUUCCUGAUGGAUUAACAAUUGAUUCUGAAGGAUUUUUGUAUGUCGCUAUCAAGGGUGAUUCAGCUAUACUUAAAAUUGAUCCAAAGAACGGACAAGUUGUGCUUAGAAUUGAUAUACCCUAUAAAAAAGUUGCUUCUGUUGCGUUUGGCGGACGAAAUUUGACUACUCUCUUUGUAACAUCGGCAGCUUAUGAAUCAGCAUCUGGACCGACUUUUAAAGUAACUGGAUUGAACGCUACAGGUCUUCCAGUGAAAAAAUUUAGACUGCGAGGGAAGAGAUUCUUAAAUCGAGGGCAGUGUUAUUGAUUAAUAAGAGCUACAUGCUAAAUUUUUUUCGCAAAUUGUCCAGCUCCACUGUACUAUUAUAAAUCAUUUUUUAAAUAAACUUGGUGGGAAUAUACA